AAGGGAUAAGGAAUCAAGCAUAAGCGUAGGGCUUUAAAUACUAUAAGAGCUUUACAAAACAUAUGCUGAUUUGACUCCUUGAAUCUUGGUAGUUAGGCGUGGGCUGGAGGGAGCGAAGAACCUAAGCCCAAUAGCAUCGCCAUCAGCAGAGUUGCCUUGGAAUCGCUUGCUUUAUUUGCAAGCGUCUCCUGGUUCAAGUCUUCGACGAAGGUGGUAGGGGAAACAACUCUCUGCUCCGCAACCUUUGGAGUAAAUGGACAACCGAAACGUCGUCGUCUGCGACAAUGGCACCGGAUACGUCAAAUGUGGUUUUGCUGGCGAGAACUUCCCUACCUCUGUGUUCCCUUGUGUGGUAGGCAGGCCCCUGCUAAGAUAUGAAGAAUCACUCAUGGAACAGCAGCUCAAGGAUAUUAUCGUAGGAGAAGGUUGUGCAGAGUUGCGGCAUCAACUGGAUAUAUCUUAUCCUGUUAACAAUGGUAUUGUGCAAAACUGGGAUGAUAUGGGUCACAUCUGGGACCAUGCAUUUUUCAAAGAAUUGAAGAUAGAUCCAACAGAAUGCAAGAUUUUACUCACAGACCCGCCCCUUAACCCCUCAAAAAACCGUGAAAGAAUGGUUGAGACCAUGUUUGAGAAAUACAACUUUGCUGGUGUGUUCAUUCAAAUCCAAGCUGUUUUAACAUUGUAUGCUCAAGGUUUGCUGACUGGACUAGUUAUCGACUCUGGUGAUGGUGUCACUCAUGUGGUUCCAGUUGUCGAUGGAUACUCAUUCCCUCAUCUUACCAAGCGAAUGAAUGUCGCUGGCAGGCACAUAACAUCUUAUCUUGUUGAUUUGCUCUCACGGAGAGGGUAUGCCAUGAAUCGUACUGCUGAUUUUGAGACAGUCAGAGAAAUCAAAGAGAAGCUCUGCUAUAUAAGUUAUGAUUACAAAAGGGAAUACCAAUUGGGACUUGAGACCACCAUCCUUGUUAAAAAUUAUACUCUGCCAGAUGGAAGGGUCAUUAAAGUUGGCACUGAACGGUUUCAAGCCCCUGAAGCACUUUUUACUCCAGAACUCAUAGAUGUUGAAGGUGAUGGAAUGGCAGACAUGGUAUUUCGCUGUAUCCAAGAAAUGGAUAUUGACAAUCGUAUGAUGCUUUACCAGCAUAUAGUUUUAAGUGGGGGAAGUACUAUGUAUCCUGGAUUACCUAGCCGUCUGGAGAAAGAAAUUCUAGAUCGUUAUCUUGAAGUAGUUUUGAAGGGGAACAAAGAUGGGUUGAAGAAACUGCGAUUGCGGAUAGAGGAUCCACCACGAAGAAAGCAUAUGGUGUACCUUGGAGGUGCAGUCCUUGCAGGAAUUAUGAAGGAUGCACCAGAGUUUUGGAUUAGCAGACAAGACUAUUUGGAAGAGGGCACUGCCUGUCUUAGCAAGUGUGGCGCUGCAUGACUUUUCUUUGCAGUAUGCCAUCUCUUUGUUUUGAGUUAUUGUAAUAGGUACAGGCUGAAGCAAGGUAAGCCUGAUAUCUGUAUCUUAAGGGUGCUGCCCCUAUCUGUAAGGAUUACAUUCAUUUACAACAAUCACAUCCCUGUGGAGCUGGCUGGUCCAUACACAUACUGGGAAGUUUUCAGUGGUCCAUGCUGUGUUCCAGUUAAUGAUUGCCAACGCCAUGCCAUGUUGUACCCAUGUUGGUUGUGUGCCCUUGAAUUUUUUUGGAUUUUCAGCCUUCUUAUCUUUUGGAUCGA